AUGGCACAGAAUCUCUUUAAAACUGAAAAGUCCAUAUUGGUGGACAUGCUGGUACCUGUUCUCGGCUGUACCGGUAGUGAACAGACAACACCUGACUUCAUUUCCAUCACGAAAGGCAUUCAUCCUGGAUGGUCAUGGUUACAAGCUGUUGUAUUAGAGAAGAACAGCCUGGGACAGCAUGGUGAUCUUCAGAAUCUUAGUGGAAUUCAUCAGCAAACACAGUUGGUCUCAUUGACAAAUACAUGUAUGGCUGAUGGAAGGUCUUUUUUCCGUGGAGGCACGGAAAACAACACCCGCCUCAGCAGCUUUCCAAGGAACCAGAGAGUGAAAAUUUCAGGAUUGGCCAAUCAGCAAUCAGAUCCAUUGACCCGAAGCAAGGCAGGUAGAGACAGAGUGGGAGUUACUACAAAGACCAAGACAGAAGAUGACAGACCUGAAGUCAACCUUAACAUGAUGCAGAAUGGUGUGGGACAUGUGGGUAGUACAGGCAUACCUACAGGAGGACAGCGAUCGUGCACCCCCGAGGACCCUCAUGUACCAGCGGACAGCUCUGCCUCUCCUGGCAGUAACAAGUCACCUGACAAGGGAGACAUCCUGGUUUUUACUGAGCGUCAGCUCAGUCGACUGGCGACAUUCCUGGACGAUUCUCUGAUUAAAGCCCCUACACCUCACAAGAUCCUGGAGACAGAUCCAAGACGUCCAUCCACAGACAAAGUGAAAAGCUUCUAUGUGGAAAAGUGGCCGGAGCCUACCGUUAGACUGGAUAACACCAUGGCCCCAUACAGUAGAACCUUACCGCCAAGACGAAGUUCUUCAAAAACAAAAGCUGUGCUGGGAGGGGAACCAAUUUCAGUUGAUACAGCUAAGGAGCUGCGAAUGAGCAUAUCAGGAUCCUGUAUUCACUCUUUGAGCCUGGACUGGAAAAAAGCCGGGAUCCUCUUCCAGAAUGUCACCAGUCCAUUCCCAUAUGGACUGGUCACUCCUAAGAUAGGAGGAGGGCGUGGCAUAGUGCUAGCCAUCCAGGGUCACAUUUUGCAGCAUUUGCUGUUUGACUCUGGGGCGGAUUUCACUGAUCUCAGUCAAUUACGACCAUCACCUGUAAAAUGCCGCAGUGUUGCUGUGAAGGCUGUAUGUGAUAUGUGGUGGAGAGCUGGGUGUGGCCUAGAGAGCACAGUCUGUCUCCCCCAGGAGGACAGUGUCUUCACAACCCAGACUGGGUACAGGGAAGACGGCAUUACAGAAAAGCUUCAUCUGUUUAAGUUUAACAACUAUGAUGACCUGGAGAGCUUUGUGAAGAGGUACUUUGAUUAUUUUGAGGGUGACCAGGGCUGCCUUCUCUUCCUUUACAGUCUAGUAUUAUCCAGGGGAUUCCCCAGAAUUGCUGAUGACCAGGGAACGAGUUCAGGAGGGUGUCAGAAACUACUGACAGACACGGAGAACUGUACUUUCUCCCUCAUCAACCUGAUGCUUACUGGUAGAGCAGUACAGUACCUACACAAUGGAGUGUCCCUCUAUAAUGAGUUUGGCCACCUAGUGCCAAAGCCAUUGAAGGGCGUGGAGGAAAGGUGUUCUGUUGGGUUCUUGUAUCUAGACAAGAGUGAGUCACGGGAAACAAGGACACAGGUUGGGAGUAUGCUUAAGACACCCAGGUGCCCAAUAUGGCUGACACAGGUGAACGGCAUGAUGGGUAUUCUGUUCAGCACAAAUCCUGAGCUGGUCAGUCACUGGAGGGUAGAACAUCGCUUCUUUCUGUACUACUACACAGGGCAGCCUAAUCAGAAACAGCAAACCUGUCUCAGUAUAGACACGCGGUUUAACAGGCGUGGCCGAAUCAAAACAGCUCUUGCUAGGAGAGAUGCUGAAGACAAAACACCUGCGCUGGAGAGCUGUAUUUUAACAAAGUGGUAUGACGCCGAGAUCAGCUGGAACGGAACAACACCCUUUUAUUGAGUGAACCAGUUUGGGUUGACUUGUAGACCUAAAAUGGAGCUUCCCAUGACAAAUACAAGCGUACACAUUCGCGUUGCAUAGUAGCAGUGUUAUUUUAAACCAGCAGUUCAGUAAAAAACCAUCACGUGGAAACAGUAUUACAGCAACAUUACAUGUAGAGACAUUAAUAUUAAUAAUACGAUAUCAUACCUGGUAAAAUCUGCCAGCUACCUGCGAUGGUCGUAGAUUUCUUCCGGGCUCUACCCCCGUUCUAUACCUGAAAUUAUAUUCUUGAGUACAGCGUAAAGUUCCAAUCAAAUGGGUAAAUAAUACAGUACAGGUACAUACAGUACAUGUACGUCUAAGAAACACGUACAGUACAUGUACGUGAUAAAAGCAGAUAAUUACAUAGCUACACUAAAUUCUUGUGCGUGAUAUAGAAACAUGAUCAGAUGAUGAACCUAGCAACAUCGUUUAAACACAAUCCUGUAUAUGAUGCGGAAAUUUGAUUAACAUGAUUAACAUAGGGACAUUACAUACACUGAUCAGGAGCUUGAGUAUUGUAGCAGAUUACUAACGUAGAUAUGCGUGUACCAAACCCACAGGUUCAAAACCAUGCAUACCCUUUUCCCGCAGGCUCUCAUAGUGUUUAAAUUAAAUUUGGGCAUGUGUGUUUUUCAGCGUAACGGUUUAGUUAAUGAAAACUGCACGACUGUAUAGACCUGUGUUAGCAUAUUGUGCGGGAAAAAAACAUGGGAAAGCUCUGAUGAAAUCAGAUUUUCUUUGUUUUUUUCAAAACACAAAUAGUAACGUCUUCGAAAAUAUCAACUUCAUCAGUUAUGUAGUGUAACAGACUUAAAUGGAAAUGGCACUUGUGAAAAUGUAACGAAAAUUAUCACAGAAAAUCCAUAGGUGGCCUCCGGACUAAUGGUAUAAAAAUAAAACUUGGCGGCGGCUUUGAGCCUUGAUCUGAAAUUUGUUUCAUUAUUCCCAGCUUAGUUUUCUAAAAUACAGAUUUGUAUUUUUUGUUGUACUCGGCCUUGUGGAGUGUGCUGCCCUCAACCUGUCAUUGUCGGCGCCUUUGAGUUCCUCACGUCUAGACCUAAAUCUGAGAUUUGUUUCAUUCUUGCCAGCUUAGUUUCUAAAAUACAGAUCUGUAUUCUGUUGUUGAACUCGGUCAUGCGGAAUGUGCUGCCAUCGACAGGUCAAAGCUGUACGGCGCAAAGACAUUUUACUUUUAAUCGUACAGCAAUCCCGACUUCCCCUUGUUUGUCGUUAAUAAUAAAGACAAUACCGUCACAAUAAGUCAAAUUUACCUGGCGCAUCGACAACAGUUAAAACUUCUCUGCCGAUCAUUUUCGAUUCGAGCGGCCGCAACCGAUGUCGUCCCUGAAAAGGUAAACUCCUGGAACAUUUUAAUUGAAAUCAAAAACAAUACACAAUUAAAAUGGCGAAUGAAUUAUUAUGUUUUAAUAAUGGACAUAAAGAACUGUAAGAAACUAUUGUGAAAAGAAAACAAUCUUAAAUUUAGGAAGAACAUCGGAGCCCACCCUUGCUUCGUAAUGAUGUGAUUCGUACAUUGCGAUGUUCCGGUGAUAUCCGAAUCGAUGCUCCGGUUAAAAGAAUUAAGAAUUACCUUAACAUUAGGGGAAAGCUGUAGCAUUUUGAGGACAACGCAGCAGACAGGACCGCGAAUUCCGCUUUAGUGAAUGUAACGAUUCUACAAGGUUAGUGUGAAAGCUAAGCUUUGAACAUGCCCAACUGUUUUCACUGUCGACUGGGCUUGAAUUCCGUGCAGGUUAACACGGCUUCUCCGAGCGUAAUGUACUCUACUGCAGUGUCUCUACUCACACUUUUAAAUUUUCAAUAAAUCGAAGUUACCACCAACGAUUUGGUCAUAUGAGUAUUGUUACCAGAUUAAUGGAAUUUCAUGAAACUUUUUCCAUGCCUGUUUCAGCCAGAAUUCUCUGGCAUAGCCUUUGUGAGAUAUUGGUAAAUACAGUAUGUUUACAUAGGAAGGAGUUCUAAGGAGCGCCUGUAAGUACUUCUACUAUCUGUAUUAAACACCUAUAGUUACGAGGGUAUCUGCCUUGCAUGCUCCACGUGUGUAUGUAUAUAUGUUGUACAUAUAAGGUUUUAUAUGGUUAUAAUGCUUGUUAUACAGUAAUUCAUGUACAUGUGUUUUUUUAUAACUUUAUGUUUUAUGUGUUUUACUUGUGAAAUUUUAACGUAGGCAAAAAAUACUGUAUUGGGAUUACUGCUAACACAGAGACCUUGUACAUAUACAGUGAAAACUUCUUGUCUGCAGCAUUAAACACCUUGGCAGCUUUUCUUUACUGGGCCCGUAUUUAUCAAACAUCGUAAGACUUAAGUCAAAAAUUCAAACACGGCUACACGUAAAAUGUUUAGCUGUAGAAUGUUUAAAAAAUAUACACUGAUUCCUUACUGCAAAACAAUUUACUAACAACAAGUUUUGUUCUUUCCUGUUCUGGAUUUGUCCUUUUUCGGGCUUGCAGUUUAAGACUAAGUUCUUAAUUUGGUGAAUAAAUACUGGCCCUAGGCCCAUAUGCCUUAAGACAGGUAAAAAACUCAUAUACAGCUACAACUAAAUAUCCUUUCUCCAGGAAGUUUAAACUUUGCACACUAUUUCUUUACUGCAGAGCAAUAUAUACCAAUCACAAUUACUUUCCUGUUCAGAGUUAGGGAUUUAAACACUUUCGAUUUAUUACUCAAGUCUGGAGUUGCUUAAUUAAUACAGCCCUGGCCCUGGAAUCAGGAAGCAAUAUUAGACUUAAAUUAAAAUUUCAAAUCGCUUUAAAAUUGAUAUUUCUGAUAUAAAAGGGUCAGAAUAUUCCUUGAUAACGUAAAUUCCGGGUAAGUUGUUGAACAAAAAACUUCAGUUAAAAUUACGAAAAGGAACAUAGACGGAUUUAAUAAUUCAAAUUUUGUUGUAAGUCUAAAGUUCAUUCCGUUAUCCCGGAGAUAGAUCUCAACCAGAACCGUAGAAAUAGAGACAUUAGCUUUCCUGAACAAAUCAUUUAGUAGACGUCUUUGUGGCUUCCUAUUUGAAUAUAGAGCUCCGCCUUCACAUGAGAUUCUCUUUAAUGUUUAAAUGUAAUCAAUCCAUUGUCAAGGUAACGAAGAAAUGGGUUAGAUCCAAAACAGCAGCAUCGACUUUUUUCCAUAUUAAUUUUUUUUCGCCUUCUUUUGACUGUUUUCUUUUUGUUAGCUAUUAAUAAUAGAAACACGAACAGCCGUAAGAAAGCACACAUGUGCGACAUGUAAAUACUCAUACUUUGAUGUCAGUUUACAGUUGUAAAAGUGUAAAAUAUUUUUAAGGGUAGCGUUAAUUAAACACCAAUCGUUCAGUUAAUCAGUCAAUGAGGACAGUAUAGCAUGACGACAAAAAACUCUGUUAUAUGGGAAAUACAUAAUGAAUCAAAGACGAAUGCUGCUAAUGUAGAAGCGGUUUGUUUUCUUUUU